CUUUCUCGCCCCUCUUGCCUGCCGGCUGCUGGGACCUGCGCGGCUCGGGCGGCGCUGCGGGGCCGGCGGGAGGUGGCGGUCCGCCUUGGGCUCGGUCUCGGUCUCCUCCUUUGGGGCUUGCCAAGAGGAAGGGAAAGAGAAAGGAGGCGGCGAAGAGGGAGUGACGAUCAGAAUGAAUGGACAUAUUUCAAACACACACAGCAGUGCUUAUGGAAGUUACUCUUCACAAAUAAACGGAUAUGGGUCACCAACAUUUGCACCCAGCGACAGAGACCAGAGUUCGAAGACAAGCGCAAAAGCUUUGUAUGAGCAAAGAAAGAAUUAUGCACGUGAUAGCGUCAGCAGCAUCUCCGAAACGUCACAGUACCAUGUGGAGCACCUGACCACUUUUGUUUUGGAUCGGAAAGAGGCCAUGAUCACGGUAGACGAUGGGAUAAGGAAGCUGAAACUGCUCGAUGCCAAAGGCAAAGUGUGGACUCAAGAUAUGAUUCUCCAAGUGGAUGACAAAGCUGUCAGCCUGGUGGACUUGGAAUCCAAGAAUGAAUUGGAGAAUUUUCCCCUGAGCACCAUUCAGCACUGCCAAGCGGUAAUGAACUCAUGCAGCUACGACUCCAUCCUUGCCUUAGUAUGUAAAGAGCCAGCCCAGAGCAAAGCAGAUCUUCAUCUUUUCCAAUGUGAUGAGAUUAAGGCUAACUUUAUCCAUGAAGAUAUUGAAAGCGCAAUCAGCGACAGCAAAGGGGCAAAACCAAAGAGGAGACUUGAGACACUCAGGAUGAUUUCCAAAGCUGACAGCUCUAUCCCUCCGCCUCCCAAAGCGCCGGCUCCUGUUCCCCCAGGUACUGUCACGCAGGUGGACGUCAGAAGCCGGGUAGCGGCCUGGUCUGCUUGGGCAGCGGAACAAGGAGAUUAUGAAAAACCAAGACAGUUCCAUGAACAUGAAGAAACAGCUGAAAUGAUGGCAGCCAGAAUUGACCGAGAUGUUCAAAUUCUAAACCACAUCUUGGACGAUAUUGAGUAUUUUGUCACCAAACUUCAAAAAGCAGCCGAAGCGUUUGCUGAGCUUUCAAAAAGGAAGAAAACCAAGAAGAAUAAAAAGAAAGGUCCUGGCGAGGGUGUCUUAACUCUACGUGCAAAGCCGCCAGCUCCAGAUGAGUUUGUUGACUGUUUGCAGAAAUUUAAGCAUGGCUUCAACCUUCUGGCUAAAUUAAAAUCCCACAUCCAGAAUCCCAGCGCACCCGAACUGAUUCAUUUUCUGUUUACUCCAUUAAAUAUGGUUGUUCAAGCCACAGGAGGCCCAGAGCUUGCCAGUACCGUCCUCAGCCCUCUGCUGACAAAAGAUACAAUAGAAUUCUUGCGUUUCACUGUCACAAGUGAAGAAGGACAGCUGUGGAUGUCACUAGGAGACACGUGGACCAAAGCCAGGGCAGAGUGGCCCAAGGAACAGUUCAUCCCACCCUACGUGCCACGGUUCAGAAACGGCUGGGAGCCCCCUUUGCUGAGUUUCAUGGGGGCCCCGAAGGAACAAGAGCUCAAUCAGCUGGCAGAGUCCGUGGCCAACGUGGCGGAGCAGCAGCGGAAGCAGGAAAUGAAACGGUUAUCAGCUGAGCAUUCCAGUAUCUCAGAUUAUCCUCCGUCGGAUGGGUAUGCAUUCAGUAACACAGCUUACAAAAGAGGGCCUCUGCCGGACCAGGGGGCAGCUGUAGCAGCUUUUAAGCAAACUGUUAGCCGACAUGUAGAUAGAAAUUACGAAGCACACGCAAAAACCCAGACCAAGAAAUAUGCCAAAACCAAGUACGACUUUGUAGCAAGGAAUCACAGUGAACUUUCUGUCCUGAAGGAUGACAUCUUAGAGAUCCUUGACGACCGAAAGCAGUGGUGGAAAGUCCAAAAUGCAAGUGGAGCUGCAGGAUUUGUGCCAAACAAUAUCUUGGAACCUUUGAGAUCUCAGGAACCAGGCUGCACGGAACCAUCCUAUACACACACUAUACAGAAACAAAGAACAGACUUUGUUCCGAAGCAACCCGACUGCACUCCUGCUGCUCCGUCGCCACCUCAGACGCCAGUCCCUGUCCCUCUGCCUCCAAGUGUGCCAGCGCCUGUCCCGGUGCCAAUGCCAAAGGUCCCUGGAGCCAUCAGCCGCCAGAGCAGCACUUCCAGUGACAGCGGGCGAGAUUCCCAAAGGCAAAAACCGCCCCCUAUUGAUCGAAGGAAAUCUCAAAUGGAGGAAGUCCAAGAUGAGCUCAUUCACCGGCUCACCAUUGGCCGGAGUGCUGCCCAAAAGAAGUUCCAUGUGCCACGAUCUAAUGCCCCAGUGGUCAAUAUCAACUACGACUCCACUCCUGAAGAUGUAAAAAUGUGGCUACAGGCCAAAGGCUUCAACCCAGUGACCGUCAACAGCCUUGGUGUUCUGACGGGUGCUCAGCUCUUCUCCCUCAACAAGGAGGAACUCAAAACUGUGUGUCCGGAAGGGGCUCGGGUCUACAGCCAAGUCACUGUUCAGAAAGCAGCGCUGGAGGCUACCAGUGGAAGUUCAGAGCUGCAAGAAAUUAUGAGAAGGCGGCAGGAGAAACUGAGCGCGGCAGCCACGGACUCCGGCGUGGAGUCUUUCGACGAGAGCAGUAGUCACUAAAUGUCUUUUCUAACUUUUUUUUGUCCUUGCUGUUCGAAAAGAAAACGAGAGCGAGCUCCUGUUGUCCUUGGCACUGUUCCAUCCUGCUUUGUUUUAGGAAGCCAUGAAAAGGGAGAUGUCUCAUUUCCUAUUUUUGUAGAUGCAAGUUGAUGCCAUACAGGAAGCAUGCCGUUGGGGAGGGAGGGAGGGAGGGGGGCACACACCGCUGCUCCCCCUCCCCUUCCACGUCUGUGUAAAGAAAAGUUCUCCAUUUGGGCAUCCUUAACCAGCACCUACAAGGCUGGUUUGGUGGCACUGGUCAUUUCAUGCUUUCCCCCACCCGCCGUUCCUUUUUUUUUUUUUUUUCCAAGUGGGCAAGCAAAAUAAAAUUGCUGCCUUUCACAAAAAGCUGAGCCAGCAGCGAAAAUGCAUUGAAGUCUAAAGUCCAGUGUGAAGGUCUGAUCUAGACACAGUUAAAUCCAAUCGAUUUUCAGUGCAUUUAAGCACAUGUUUAACUUUCUCCCCUGGAAAUCGAUGAGAAUCAAAAGGCUUUGCUUUGGCAGGGCUUUACCUUACGUUCCUUCUGUCCCUCUGGCCUGCGGCGCUGGCCUCUUUCCUGCCCUUUCCAACACUGAGAUGUUUCGAUUUAUUUAAAAAGUUCCAAAUGCCAACAGCUGAAAGUUAAAACAUUUCAAUAGCAGCAGCAGCGCCAGUCUUACAAGCACAGUUCUGUACUCUUUUGACACCUUCCCGAGAUGAUUUCUUAACGGCAAUGUAGAUAGCAAAAUAAUUUAUUCUGGAUUUCAAUUUUUAUUGCUGUCCCAAUAGGCCUAAGGGCUCAAUAAUAAAGGCACCGGGGAAAUAGCACAAGGGUUGGGUUUUAAAAGGCAGGCGCAGUUGAACUGGGCCAUUGGUACCAGAGUGGUUGUUCACAGUAUUAUUUUAUUUUUUAAAAAAAAAAAAGAGGGUUGCAAAUUCUUUUGCUUGAGCUGCACAAGUCGAAAGAAAAGCAAAACCCCCAUUUUUUUGCAAGAAUUAAAUAGGAAAGGUGAUCAUACGUGUUUAAAAAAUGGCUAAAGAGAAUGAAGUGUUCGUUUCCAACUUAAGUCUUCUACAAUAUGGCCAAUCCAGGUGUAUAAAUAUAAAUAUAUAUAUAAAUAUAUAUUCCAGUAAAUGGAGUUUUUUUGGAGGCGGGGGGUGGGGAGGGAACCUCAGUGACUUACAAAAAAGUUCUCUUCUGUCACUUGUAAAUAAAGGCAUCAAAAACCCCUCGUGUCAUCUAGAAGAAAUUAAUCAUCUAGUUUUAUUAAUUUUCAUGGUGCCUUUUUCACAUGAUUCAGCUGCAAUAAACACUAUUUGAUGUA